UUUUUUUGAGGGAAUAAGUUAAUCAUUGAUUUUUUUUUUUAGUUAAGCGUAAGAACUUAACCUUCAUCUAACUCAACCAAUGAAAUAAAUUUAAAUAUUUCCCCAUAAGUCAAUUAUAAGUUUGGCACCGAAAUGUUAGGGGAGGAAGGAGGUAAACCUUCAAAAUAGAAAUUAGUGAGAACACCAAAUAUACCCCAUGCAUAAACUAUUUUUUUUUAAAAAAAAAAAAUAAUUUUCUUAAAUAUAUUUUUAUGAAAAUUUAUUUUAAUUUCCAAAAAUCACCAAAUCCUUUUUGACUUUUGACUCCAAUGCAUCAUCACAAUUUAAAAAUCAAAAUCUUUACAACCUUCUAUUUUCCCCAUAAAACAAUCACAAUUUCCAAUUCAAAAAAGAGCAAACAUUUUCAUUUUAUUAUUCUUUUUACUUCCAUUAUUUUAAAUUGAAAAAUAAAAACCCAAUAAAAUAAAAAAAUAAUUAAAAACUUAGUUCUAUAAAUACAAUCACUAGUACCACUUUGGACUGGCAAACACCCCUGUUUUAUCAACUCCAAAACCCCAAAAACUUCCCAACUUCAGUGCUUGCAACAUGUAAAAACUCUCUGACCCAUCAAUCAAAUCUCAACAUUUACAAUUUAUUUCUCACACCCAUCUUUUUCCUUAUUUAUUCCCAUUAAUAAAAUUUAUUAUCAUAUCUUAAAACCCAUCUUUUCAAAUCUUUCAAAACCCCCCAUUUUCUCUGUUUUUUCCCCUGUUUUUUUUGAGUAAAAAACAGAGCAAUCCCCUGUUUUUUUUCAAAAAUGGGCAGAGCAACUCGAUGGUUUAAAUCCAUUUUAGGAAUGAAGAAGCAAAAUGACAAUGAAAAAGCUGCUAAAAACAGUCAAAAUGAAGAUGGGUUUGGGAAGAGAGAGAAAAUAGGAAUGGUGGAAAAAAGAUGGAGUUUCACAAAAACAACAACAAAAGAAAGAGUGAAAGAAAAAGAGAAUCAAUGGUAUAGAGAUUAUCAAAUUUCUGAGACUGAAAAAGAGCAAACUAAACAUGCUAUUGCUGUUGCUGCUGCUACUGCUGCCGCCGCUGAUGCCGCUGUUGCAGCGGCACAAGCGGCGGUUGCUGUGGUUAGAUUGACUAGCCAAAACAGGGGAGCUCUGUUUUCUUGUGGUGGUGGAACUGAUAGAUGGGCUGCUGUUAAGAUUCAAACACUUUUUAGAGGUUAUUUGGCCAGAAGAGCACUUAGAGCUUUAAAAGGACUAGUGAAACUACAAGCUCAUGUUAGAGGCUAUCUUGUUCGAAAGCGAGCUGCGGCAACUCUACAUAGUAUGCAAGCUCUCAUUAGAGCUCAAGCCGGUGCGCGUUCUCAAAGGGCUAAAUUAGCUCUAAAUCGAAGUAAUAAGGUUCCCUCGGAGUUUCGAUCACGAAAAUCCAUGGAUAAUAGGUUUGAUGAAUCGCGGUGUGAUCAAUUUUAUAGCAAGAGACUAUCAACAUCGUAUGAGCCGUACAAUAAUGCAUAUGAAGGGAGUCCAAAAAUCGUUGAGAUUGAUACAUAUAAAACGAAGUCAAGGUCAAGAAGAAUCAACCCUUCAAUGUAUGAUUUUAGUGGUGAAGAAAUGCAAUACCCAACAAUGUCUUCACCACUACCAUCACAUCCUUACCCAGGCCGGAUUUCCAUACCUGAAUUUAAGAAGACCCCACAUGACUAUGACUGGGGAUUCUAUGGCGACGAAUGUAAAAGCUCAACCGCACAAAGUACACCCCGGUUUGCAAAUUCGAUCCGAUCCAAUGGUCCUAUUACCCCCACAAAGAGUGUGUGUGGGGAUAGCUUCUUUAGGCCUUACUCGAACUUCCCUAGCUAUAUGGCAAAUACACAAUCGUUUCGAGCCAAGUCGAGGUCUCAGAGUGCCCCAAAACAAAGGCCGGGGGGGCGGCCUAAGACUCGUCUAUCAUUGGAAGAUAUAAUGGCAGCUAGAAAUAGUAUAAGUGGUGGUAGGAUGCAGAGGUCUAGAUCUCAAGUUCAUGAUUGCUUGAACUUGUGAAAUGAAAUGAGAAUCACUUUGUGUUUUGGUGAAAAUAGUGAAGGCAUAAAAGUGUUUGUAGUCUUGGUUAUGUUUUUCAGUAAAAAUUUAGAAACACAGAGUGCUUGUAUAUUCUAAAGAAAAUCAACUAAUUAUCCAUGAGAAUGGAAAAUGUCUUUACUCUUUUUAAUCAUAUUAACCUUGUGCAAAUUCUGUCCAAAGUCCUCAUAUAGUCUUAUUUAUAACUUCAAAAAAACAUAAGGUGCAUUGCACUUGGCUUAUAUAGAUUUUUACGACAAUUUUAUGGUAAAGCCAGAUAUACUCCCACCCACUUAUGGGUUUUACAUUUAAGUCGUAU